AUGACGUUGUUCCUACAGUCAAUCCGAGAGGCCUCUGUGGAUGGUCGCAUGCAAAAUGUCCUCUACAGACAGGAUCAGUUUGAAAAGCUUCAUCGAAUACUCGUACAACAUGGAGAACAUAUACAGAAGACCAUGGUAAAGGAUGGUACGCAUACCGAUACAGAGGCGAAGAUUGAGUACUUUUUCGCCCUUCGUUCGUUGAAAGAAUACUACGAGACCCUGGAUUCGGACAAGGCGCUCCACCAGGAGUACGCAAUUUCUCGAGGGGAAGAUUCACCAGCACAAGCCGAGCCCAUCGGCAUUGUGUAUGUCGCUAUCACAGAGCAUACUGUUUUUUACUCGACAAUCGCAGCUAUCUGUGCUGCGCUAGCUGCAGGAAAUUGUGUUGUUAUUCAGGUGCGUGUUGACAAUCAUUACAUUUAUCGAAGGCUCAAGAUGCCAACAGAAUCUGAACUUUUCGGGGAGGUGUCCACGCUAAUUCGCCAACUUCUGGCCGACAAGUCCCUCGAUCGAGACGUCAUUGCAGUGGUGGUAGAUCGACCUAGCAAAGCUGACCUUGGCCCUAACCAUAUCCGCGUGUUUCAAAACCCUUUGAAGACUCAGGAGUCUUUGGACUUCAAUCAUGAAAUCACUAGUCCCUCGGGUUGCGUGAUCGCUAUUGUUGAUAGAACCGCAGAUCUGGACAGUGCGGCGCAAGCUCUUGUGGCUGCCAGGUUUAGCUUUGGGGGUACUUCACCAUAUGCUCCAGACAUCAUCCUUGUGAACGAGUUUGUAAAAAGGCCAUUCCUGGCGGCUGUAACGAAUGCGAUGGUUUCGUUCCUAGAGGAUAGAAGAUUUGAUAGCAGGAUCCCAGAGCGGACGAAGCCCCAAGAUGACAGUCUUGAUCUCGUUGCUGCGCUUGGCCAAGCAGAAUUGUUUGAGGUGACAUUCAGGGAGUUCAACGUUAUCCAAAAUAGAAAUUCCAGUCGUCGGCUCUUGGUCCACGGAGUCCGGUCUCUGGAUGAUGCUAUCGACCUUGCGAAUGGGAAUCGGAAGCUGAUCGCGUCAUACAUCUUCGCUGAUCUGGUUUCGGCCAAGUAUCUGACCCAGUUCAUCACAACCCACGUCUCUUUUGUGAACCAAAUACCAUUGGAGCUACUCAUUGGACCAGCGGCACCGCAACAAAUUGGCUUCGAUCGCUCCCUACGCUAUCCUAUUUCUCUUUUCUCUCAAAGAUGUCCGGCAUUUGUGACGUCGAUGCCCUUUAAUGAUCUACUGCAACAUACCAUGCAAGGACAAGGCGCCGAAAUUUCCCAUGCCUUGAUGGAAAUCUCAAAGGCUCUCAAACCCUCUAAACCACGCCCAAAUGGUGGAGGCGUUGGCUUUUUUGAACAGGGUAUCUUGAUAGGGUUGGCCUUAUUUGGAAUUCCGAUUCUUGUUAGUGUGGGGUUUCUGGGAACCAAGGGAGCUCAAUAUGUUUCGAGAUUGCUUUGA